AUGGCAUUUGCUGCUAAACAAAUAACAACGAGAAUUUUAUUUCUUGGAUCUAACCGUGUUGACACAUCAAAAUUAAUCAGUAUACUGUUCACCAAGAAUGUUAACGUACUACCGCUACCACAACCAGCACAAAUAUCAGAAGAAUCAACAGCAUGUUUUACUACAUAUUAUAAUUGUCCCAAUUAUGCUUUUACUGAUUCAACUGGUUUUGAAAACAAUCGAGUCGACGAAGAAAAUAUUUUGUCAAUGUUAAAAAUUAUUAUGAAAAAAUCAAUGAUUGGUUACAAUAAAAUAUAUUUAUGCUUUAAAUAUGAAGAUAAUUCCAAUGAUAUUCGUAAUUAUAUUGAACCAUUAAUAUCCACAUUUGGAGAAAAUAUAUUAAAAUAUUGUACAAUUAUAUUUACACAUUGUUAUAAUCAAACAAUGGUCAAAGAAAAAUAUAUAGAAUUGAAUGAACAUGAUGCAUAUAUAACUAUAACCGAAAAUGAAAUGGAAAAUAACUUGAUGAAUAGAAGACAACAUUUGCUGAACAAUCUUAAUCGAGAUAUAAAAAACUCGAAUAAGAAUUAUUAUUUACCAAAACCUGAAGGUUUUAUCGAAUGGUUAUAUGCAAUUUACAACAUGUUGAAAUUGGGACAUACGUCACCAGUGGAAUUAUGUCUUGAAGAAAUUCAAAAACUGUCAACUACUGUGACAGAUUUAAUGAUGAAUCAAAGUUUUAUUAAUUAUUAUGGAGAAUGUGCAAUUUGUAGAUGUGAUAUGUGGAAUACAGAUAGUAUAUUUACAAAGUGUCAUCAUAUUUUUCAUGAAGUAUGUUUAAAUCAAUGGCUAAAUGGUCCAGGUAACGACUGUCCUAUAGCACGAUAA